GGCCGGGGCGGCCCGGGGAGGUGUGGCCCUUCCUGCGGGAGUCCUGCGCCGCCGCUCGCCGUCGUCUCCCACAGCCGCGGCCUCUCCACAAUGGGCGCCGUCUGGUCGGCCCUGCUGGUCGGAGGGAGUUUGGCCGGGGCCCUUUUCGCAUGGCUACUGCGGGGCAGCCCCGGGGACGCGGGGAUCAGCAGGGGCGCGGAGCCGGAUAAAGAGGCCCCUGCUAGGGAGACUGCAACUCCCGGAGGCCGUCCGGGAGGAGGCGACAGCAGCGGCCUGAGCCCUGGCCCUGGCAAGCGAGAGCUGGACAGUAAAGCAGAGCAAUAUCAAGAAAGCAACGGAAGCUUGAUUUCUGAAACCAGAGACCUUGGCCGCCUGCAGGAGACAGCAUGGCAACAGCAGAAUGCUACUGGAGGUGUCCACACUGGCUCCCAGGAGCCUGUUCCUUCUGCGAAUGGCAGCUCUGGGAGCCACUCGGGAAGCCAAAGUCUGGAAUCUCCUAGAGGAGAAUGGCGAUUCCAGCAUGAACGAGAGGUGCUGGCUAAAGCCGGGCAGCAGCUGCCUUCUAGCAAGACACCUGUGGACAGCAUAGAAGUGGGUGUCACCCAACUGGACAGUCAGGGCGCUGCUGAUCAGGACUGGGAAAUGGUGUCCAGGCACUCAUCUUGGGGGGACAUUGGUUUGGGUGGUAACCUAGAGCAGGGAACAGAGGGUGGUUGGAACUUUGUGGAAGCAGGAGGUCGAGAAGCAGAUGUGAAACCAGGCAGAGUGGUGGCCGCAUCAGCAGAGGCCCAGCAAGUUAGCAUCCGGUUCCAGGUGCAUUACGUGACGAGCACUGAUGUCGAGUUCAUUGCUGUGACUGGAGACCAUGAGCAUCUCGGCAGGUGGAACACUUACAUCCCGCUCCACUGUAACAAGGAUGGCCUCUGGUCUCAUUCUGUUCUCCUGCCGGCAGAUACCGUGGUGCAGUGGAAGUUUGUGUUGGUGGAGAAUGGGGGAGUCACUCGCUGGGAAGAAUGCAGCAAUAGGGUCCUAGAGACUGGCCGUGGGGAUCAAGUGGUUCACAGGUGGUGGGGAAUUCCCUAAUGGAGUUUGCUGAGUGUGAGACACCUCAGCUGCUGCAGCUGGAGGUAAAGUUAACACAGUGGACUGGGUAGCACACUGAAGAUCCUAAAAGUGGCAUGACUCCAGACUUAGCCAGUGGAGCUGUUUCAGACUUGCUAGUGAUUUGAGUCUAAUGUGGUGGUGGUGGUAAUGAUGCUUCCGGCGAAGUUGGACUUUUCCCCUAUGGCAAUGAUGGAUUUGUGCUGAUCCAUCAUUACUUUGGGGCUUGAUCCUAUUUGGAGAGUGACCUGGCUAAGCUUCUCAGACUGUGGAGCACAAAACCUGACCCAUGGCAGAGUUCCAGUUUCAGCCUUAAGUGAUUCUCAGACCACAGAGCCAAAGAAUCACAGUCAGAAAUAGCUGCCUUCCUAUCGGCCUGGCUGAGCAAGUGCUCCUUAUGAUGGGCACAUUUCAGGUAUAGUUACUGUCCCACUGUUAGCAGGACCAG